CACAUGAUUGUUUAGAAAUAUAAUUUCGAAAAUUGUUUUAAUAGAGUCGACAAUAUGGGACCUAUGAUAAUUGAAUCUCAGAGUCCUGAGAUCAGAGGCCAACAACCAGCAAAUUUUGAGCUCGACGAUGGUGAAAAGCCGACUUCGGCCAUUGCACAGAGAGAAAUUUCCAACGAAUCCCCGCCCUACUCUGCUUUUUCUCCUGCUCAAAAGAAAUGGAUUAUAUUCAUCGCGUCUCUAGCUGGAUGGUUUUCUACAGCUAGUAGUUUUAUUUAUUUCCCCGCAAUACCAUUUCUGGCGAGAGAUAUCAAAGUAUCCGUUGAAAAUAUCAAUCUUACCGUAACUUCGUAUCUAAUAGCUUCUGGGAUCUUCCCUGCUGUAACUGGAGAUGCCGCUGAUAGAUAUGGCCGCCGUCCUGUCUUUGUCGCAGGCCUUUGCAUAUAUGCGGUGGUUAAUAUCGGAUUGGCCAUUCAACGGUCGUUUGCAUGUCUUUUAGUCUUACGUAUGGUACAGAGCGCCGCAAUAUCUGGGACAUUCUCUAUAGUAUAUGGGAUUAUCGGUGACAUAACUACACCAGCCAAUAGAGGAGGAUACACCGGAUUUGUUUCCAUAUUUCUAAAUACGCCUCCGAGUGUUGCCCCUCUAAUUAGCGGCUUACUUCUCAUUCGAUGGAACUGGCCCUCCAUCUUUUGGUUUUUGACGAUUUCAUCAUCGACCGUGCUGAUAACUAUCCUCAUCUUUCUGCCAGAAACAUGUAGGAACAUUGUUGGGAACGGAAGUUCCUGGCCUCCGGUAAUUAACCUACCCUCUACCAAAUUGUUGUGCGCGUCGAGUCAGCAGGAAGGAAUCCAAAGGCCGGAGCAAAAGGUUCGGACCGGAUUACCUAACCCCUUUUCCGUCCUUUCUCUGCUAAAGAACCGUUCAACUCUCGUCGCCGUUAUAUGCUAUGGGAUCUACUAUACUAUCUAUUCCUGUUUACAGGCUUCGUUGUCUACGGUAUUUGUUGAAACAUACAACAUCUCCGGUUUGGUGGCAGGGCUUUCAUAUUUACCGUUUGGAGUGGCGUGUGCUACCUCUGCCUUUGUCGCUGGCAAGAUCAUAGAUAUGGAUUAUCGAAAAACUGCCAAAGCCCGGGGAAUGCAUGUUGAUCAAUUGAGAGGGGAUGAUGUGUCUAAGAUUCCAAUCGAGUACAUACGACUGCGAACACACAAAUAUUACAUAGCGUUUUGUGCACCCCUAGUAGCCGGGUAUGGAUGGAGUCUUCAAUUAAAAACUCAUAUGGCUCUACCCCUAACGCUUCAAUUUUUAAUUGGCUUCACAAUGCAGCCCCUUUUCACGUCACUCAAUAUACUAUUAGUUGAUUUACACCCAGAUCGGUCAUCUUCCGCCCAAGCUGCAAACAAUCUUGUUAGGUGCGAGUUUGCUGCCAUAGGCUUAGCGGUACUGGAACCUAUGCUGCGAGCACUGGGUCCAGGGUGGUGUUUUGUUAUAUUCGCUCUCAUUCACAGUCUUACUCUUCCUGCACUCUGGAUACUAGGAGAAAAGGGUCUAAAGUGGCGUUAUUGAGAAGCUACCUAGUAGUCAAGUGGGAUAGCGUUCUACCAACGCUUGUAUCUAGAAAACGAAGUAAAACGUAAGUGGCGAGUACCUAAUUCGAUUAGAAUGAGACUCGUCAUACACUACCUACCUACGUUGGAUACCAGGACGUCAUCGGAUGAAUUUUCGUUGAAUGGAAUACAUGCAAGCUAAUGCGCAUGAGUUCACACUCUGUAGCGGUUCUAUAAAUUCAGUUGAAA